AUGCAGACCUCCGGGAGCAAGCCCUGCCCCUGCCCCAGCUUCAAGCUGCGGGAGGUGGCAUCCAUGUACUUCACCAUGAUCGCCGUGUUCUUGGUCAUCUUGGUGGUGGCCCUGCAGGGCUCGGUGCCUCGCGGGAGAAAACCCCUCGAUCCCGAGGGGCUGCUGGAGCUCUCCUGGAAUGUCAGCUAUCCCAAGCAAGCCGUGCACUUCCAGCUCCUCACCAGGGACCUGCAGUUCGGGCUCCUCUUCGGGAUGUCGGACAGGGGCGAGUUUGAGAACGCGGACCUGGCCGUGCUCUGGAGCGACGGGCACAAUUCCUACUUUGGGGAUGCCUGGAGUGAUGCCAAGGGGCAGCUCCACAUGGACUCGCAGCAGGACUACCAGCUCCUCGGGGCUUGGAGGACUCCUGAGGGCUUCUACCUCCUCUUCAGAAGAGCCUUUAGCACCUGUGACCCCAAGGACUACCUUAUAGAGGAUGGCACUGUGCACCUUAUCUACGGGAUCCUGGAGAAACCGGUCCGUUCCCUCCAAGCCAUCAACAUCUCUGCCAUCCACAGGGGACUGCAGAGGGUGCAGCUGCUCAAGCCCAACAUCACCAUCCCUGAACUGCCCAGUGACAUGAAGACCAGGGAGAUAACUGUCCCCGACAUCGUCAUUCCCAGCCAGGUGACAACCUACUGGUGUUACAUGGUAGAGCUCCCCGACGGCUUCCCCAAACAUCAUAUUAUCAUGUACGAGCCGGUCAUCACGGCAGGCAACGAGGCCCUGGUCCACCACAUGGAAGUCUUCCAGUGCGCUGCCAAGUUUGACAGCUUCCCCCAUUACAAUGGACCCUGCGACUCGAAGCCAGAGGAGCUCAACUACUGCAGGCACGUGCUUGCAGCCUGGGCCAUGGGAGCGCAGGCUUUCUACUACCCUGAGGAAGCAGGUCUUGCCUUCGGUGGCCCAGGCUCCUCCAGAUAUUUGCGCCUUGAGAUCCAUUACCACAACCCACUGGUGUUUAAAGGUCGCCACGACUCCUCGGGGAUCCGCCUCUACUACACGGCCACCCUGCGCCGCUUUGACGCCGGCAUCAUGGAGCUGGGCUUGGUCUACACGCCGGUGAUGGCCAUUCCCCCCGGCGAGGAGGCUUUCAUCCUCACGGGGUACUGCACCGACAAAUGCACCCAGCUGGCUCUGCCCGCUGCUGGCAUCCGCAUCUUCGCCUCCCAGCUCCACACUCACCUGGCAGGACGAAAAGUGGUGACAGUGCUGUCCCGGGAUGGGAGAGAGCGGCAGGUCGUGAACGCCGACAGUCACUACAGCCCUCACUUCCAGGAGAUCCGCAUGCUGAAGGAGGUGGUUGCAGUUUUUCCAGGCGACGAACUCAUCACCACCUGCACGUACAACACAGAGGACCGGAACCAAACCACCGUGGGUGGGUUCAGCAUCCUGGAGGAGAUGUGCGUGAACUACGUGCACUACUACCCCCUGACGCAGCUGGAGCUGUGCAAAAGCGCUGUGGAUCCGGGCUACCUGCACCGAUACUUCAACCUCGUCAACAGGUUUAACGACGAGGAGGUCUGCAUGUGCCCACAGGUCUCCGUCCCCCAGCAGUUUUUGUCCGUCCCGUGGAACAAGUUCAACAGAGAUGUGCUGAAAUCUCUCUACGGCUUUGCUCCCAUCUCCAUGCACUGCAACAAAUCCUCAGCCGUCCGGUUCCCGGGCAACUGGGAGAAGCAGCUGCUUCCCACCAUCACCGAGCAGGACUGCGGCUCCCGCCACGCUUCUCCUCCCACUCCCCCGCGCUGGGGAUUAUUCGUCUUGACGCCAGCAGAUGCCAAUGGCCAGGAACAAAUGACACCUCUGUGA